AUGCUCUCCGCCGGCAUCCUCGAAUCCCGCCUCAACGCCCUCUACAACCAACUCGAAGCCCUCCGCCCCGACUCCUCAGACGCCGAACUCCUCUCCUUCGCCUCCUUCUUCGCCAAAGACUGCGUCGUCAACUUUGAAAGCAUGCGAGAGGCCAACGAGCCGACCCGCGGCAGAGACGGCGUCGUCGCAAAACUGCGCGAUGUCAUGAAGCACGUGUACCUCGAGCAGCGGACCGUUGUCAGCCAGGCGAUUAGCGAAGCCGAUAUGCGCGUGUUCAGCGAGAUGAAGAAUCGAUAUAAUGUGCAUUCGGAGGUGCUGGAGGACUUUCCCGAGACGCUUGUUGCGACGUUUGACGAUGAGGGGCUGAUAACGAAUUUCUCGCUGUACUGUUGUAAAAGUAAUGUCUUGAUUAUGAUCCAAAAGGCCACUGGAAACGGUCCCUUUUCAGCGCAAGAGAUGACAAAAUGGUAG